GGUGAUAAAAACGCAAUUUUUAUUCGUCGCUUCGAGACGCACAUGGGCGACAAAACCCACUUUUCAUUUUGGCUUCAACCAACAACAACCCCAACAACAAGAACCAUGAUUCACCAAAUCGCGACGAUGACCGAAGACCGCAAGCGCCACGUGUACAUCAUUGCGCGCCUCUUGCACGAGAGCGCGGCCAAGUUCAAUGUGCCCACGUCGGUCGUCUCCCAAAAGCUGCAUCGCGUUGCCGCCAAGAUGGAAGUCCAGCUGUUCCGCGCCACGCACGGCCGCAAGCUCGGCGAAGACGCAAUCCGAAAGCACUUGGUGGUUCUCGCAUCCCGUGCCUGCCGCAGCGCCGCCUAAGUGCUGUGUUUUCGUCCUAUUUAGUACGCGUCUCUAAGUCGCUCAAUCUCAUUUUAUUUAUACCUA